AUUCGUCAUUGGAUUAAAAACAUAUAAUAUAUAUAUAUAUAUAUAAGUCAGUUGUCAACAAUCUGUACAAUCAAACACGUGGCUUGAUAGUUGAUAGAAUAAAAAAAAAAAAAUCAUCCAUCAGAUCAGGAUAAUAUGACGGAGCGAAUAAAAAAAAAUAAACCACUUGGCGCUGAAUUUGUUAUGGGAGCAGCGUCUGCAGUGGGUGCAGGUAUUUUUACAAAUCCAAUUGAUGUAAUUAAAAUAAGACUCCAGUUACAAGGAGAGCUGGAAGCACGAGGAUCCUACAAGAAGCUGUACAAGAAUACAUUUCAUGCUGGAUAUAUGAUAGCCAAGCAUGAAGGAAUCACGGGACUGCAGUCGGGAAUCGGUUCAGCUCUUGCAUUUCAAGUUGUCCUCAAUGGGAUCAGAUUGGGAUCAUAUAAAAUUUCACGUACAUACGGAAUUACUGUUGAUGCGGAUGGACAGACGAAUAUUAUAAGCACGGCAUUAGUUAGCGGCUUAGCAGGAUGUGUUGGUGCUGUUUUAGGAAGUCCAUUCUAUCUGGUGAAAACACAGAUGCAAGCUCAGUCAGCUGAAGCAACGAUUGCUGUUGGAUUUCAACAUGGGCAUGCUGGGGAAUGGUCUGCGUUUCAGUCAUUGUGGAGAGAAGCUGGACUUGCUGGACUUUAUCGUCGUUGGUACGCAAAUAUUCCUAGAGUUUUUGUUGGAUCUGCUACGCAACUGACGUCAUUUAGUUUAGUUGGAGACUGGUUAGGAACUUUCAAUAUUUUUCAUGGACAUCCUUUGAUGUUAACGUUUUGCUCAGCGGUUAUUGGUGGUAGCUGUGUUGCAUUGACAAUGCAACCGUUUGAUGUAGUCGCAACAAGACUUUAUAAUCAAGGCUCAGACUCCAAAGGUAGAGGAAUAUUAUACGAAAAUUUCUUUGAUGCAGUGGUUAAAAUAAGCAAAACUGAAGGAUUAUAUGGAUUGUAUAAAGGAACAUUUCCUACUUGGAUGAGGAUAGCACCACACACUGUGUUGUGUUUAUGUUUUUAUGAACAUCUAGAAAGACUUUAUGAUAAAUUUAGUUAUUAGUUAAUAUUUAAAAAUUUAUUAUUAAGUUUAUAUUUACGAUUUAGAAACUAUAGUUUUAUUAAAUAUAAUUUAGGGAUUUAGUUGAACAACAUUUAAAAAUAGAAGGCUGAAAUUAUUUAGCAAUUAAUUAAAAACAAUUAAAGAUCAAUAA